AUGCCAAGGAAGAGAAUCCCAAAACCAUCUGCAUCAUCAUCCUCAAGGAGAAGAACCAGAAAGUCCCCAUUUACUCUAAGUGGUGAGUUAUCUCAAUCAGAGAGGAAACAAAGACAUUGUGAGAGUGAGAGAAAGGGUAGGGAGAAGAGAAAGUCAUUAAUGGAGAAGUUGGCUUCGGUUCAUGAGGACUUGUACGGCCCAUCUAUUGAGAAGUUGACCCAUGCUGAUAUCCUGACCAAGGCCAUCCAAGUUGGAAAAGAGCUGCUAGAGUUGAAAGGCAACCACCUUCCAUAUUCGCCAGACACCUCGGUCUCCGAUGAUGAUGAUGACAAUGAAGAGUCCGACGCCAUCUCGUCUUCCUCAUCCACGCCAUCCAACUCCAUCUCGCUCUCCAACUCCAUCUCUCUAUCCAACUCCAGCUUCAACGCCUUGUCAUCAUCAUCCUCCUCCCUCUCGGACAAUCCGCCAUCCAGCCCUCUAUCGAUCUAUGAUCCACCAUCAAUGUCCGGCAGCACCAACAGGCUGCAAAUCCUGUCCGAUGUCAGCCAGACCAUUCCUUCGCCAAGACCAAAUGCGGAGUAUGUGCCCGAGCUGGAUCAGUCCAAGGUACCUCAGCUGCCAUCUCUCAAUGAGUUCAUGGAUGGUAUCCAUGACCUGAUGUGCCUGCCAUACUUCCUAUCCCGCGCCGACUCCAUCAAAGAGCAACAACAGAGAUUGCAAACUCAAUCCAUUUGUUAG